UCAGGAGGAGUGGAGCAAAAGGAGGACAGGAAUCUCUUCAUUGAACAGCAGGUUUGAGAGGCAAUGAUUUCAGAGAGGAUGUUGCUUUUAUGUUCUUGAGUUCCUUGCUGCUGGAAAGCCCUGGGGAAGUGGUGGAAUCGCUGUCACUGGAGGUUUCCAAGAAAAGGCUUUGUGCAAUGCCACUGGAGACAUUUGGAAAGGCCCCCAACAUGGGAAGGGCAUAAAUGCCCCCACCACCACCACGACGCGCUGCUCAGAAGGAGCCACAAGGAGCCUGCCCCAGAGGACAGGGCAUCUGUGGGGGGACAGCAGCACGGACAGUAGGCACUCAAGCAAACACUGUGGAAGUGGCUUUCCAACAUGAAGCUGGCAGCAGGUCUUCUCUGCUUGCUCCUGUGCUUCACUGCAGUGGGUUGUGACCGGGUCUACGUCCACCCUUUCAGUUUGAAUGCUAUCAAUGAGAGUGCCUGUGAGGAGCUGGAACGCUUGGCCCAGGAAGGAAAGAAAACAUUUGUGCCUGCCUCCAUUGAAUCCCAAACCACACCUGCCUAUGAAGAGGAUGUGAAGGAUGAAGUCAGGCUGGACUCCCCUAGCCUAAGUGUCCGUGGAAGGCAGAAACUGAUCUAUCUGAAGGACUUUGUGCACGUCCUUGGCAUGCGGUUUUACAGUUUGCAGAGGGAAGCACGGCAGGGCCAAAAUGUCCUCUUGUCCCCUACCAGUCUCUACGGCUCCUUGGCAUCUUUCUACUUGGGUGCAUCCAACCAGACAGCUGCUGAUUUGCAGGGUUUGCUGGGAUUUGUUCCCCCCUCCGGAGACUCCAAUUGCACCUCCAGGGUGGAUGGGCGCAAGCUCCUUGAAAGUCUAAGGACUAUUGAAAGCCUUGUCAAAACCCAAGAUGAAGAGCUGCUCUUUUCCAAGGUGUUCUGCCUCUUCUCUGCCCCUGGCAUACUCUUAUCCCAACAGUUUGUGCAUAACUUGCUCCCCUCUGCUGAUGCUUUUUACACGCGAGCUGUGGACUUCACAAACCCAAGUGAGGCAACGAAACAAAUAAAUGCCUUUGUGGAGGCCAAAAGCAAAGGCCAAAGCAAGCACUUACUGACAGACCUCGACCCAACUACUGACUUACUGGUUGCAGUGGAUGUUCGCUUGGCAGCGAAUGCUAAGAAAGCCUCUUGGCUGAAAGAGCCUCAGGAGUUCUGGGUUGAUUCAAACAGGGCGAUCUCAGUCCCCAUGCUGUCAGUAACUGGGAUGUUCAAGUACAUGACUGACACCAGUGAGACCUUUUCUGCAACCGAAAUCCCUGUUGGCAAGAACGUUCUGCUGGUGCUGCUGCAGCCCAUCAACGGCAAUGACCUGGACAAAGUAGAGGCCAAGCUUCCUUUGCAGUCAUCAGCCUGGCUUGAAAAUCUGUCCCCAAGAAAAAUUAAAUUAACUUUGCCUGAGUUCAGAAUAGAAGACAGCUCUGAUCUACAAGAAUUUCUUGCAGAUAUGAAACUGCCUGCGCUGCUGGGGAAGGAAGCAGACCUCAGUAAAAUCAGUGACACCCACCUCACUGUUGGAAAGAUAAUGAAUAAAGCCUUUUUCAAACUGAGCAGUGAUGCAACACAUCAACCAGAAGACGCCACAGCGCAGGAAGAAGAUUCGGUGCCCCAGGAAGUAAUGCUGAACAAACCUUUUCUUUUAGCAGUUUUUGAAGCAAAGUCAAGGGCAAUGCUUUUCCUUGGUAGAGUAACAAACCCACUGCAGGAGGUUUAAACGCAAGCACCGAGGAAGAGGGGAGAAGAAAAAGGAUGCACAUUUCCCAUCACCUUUUUGUACUCGUAGGCUGUUUUUAUGAUCACGUUGAGUGCUCUACCUUGCUUGGAGAUCCAGAGGGAAGCGUUUGAAAUACAGCUUUUUAAAAGCUAAAAAAUUACAACAUCCCAUCUUUAUCUGGUUCAUGCAAAGUGACAAAGUCCUCCACCCAGUUCCCUUUUUUCCUUCUCCCCAUCUUGUCUUCCUUCUGCCCCACCAUUUUUCAAGGCAGUGGGGAUAAAACAGUAAUCAGCAAGCUAACUUACAAUGUUAUUUUAUAAGUGCAAGUGCCAUUUAUGAGAGAAAGGUAGGAAAAAGGAUCUCAUCAUUCCUUGAGGAAUCACCUUUUAGUUUGAUCAGUUUUGCAAGAGCCACCUCUCCAAUUUUUCAAAUUAUCCACAGAGGUUUCGAGCUUGAUCAGCAGUAUUUGCCUUUAAAACGCUGCCAACAGCACGAGAAGGCUUUACUUGUCCCACUGAGACAAGAUUUUUGCCUUGGAAGCAAAAACACAUUUAUAGGAAGUUUCUUCUUUCUGCAGCCCAGAUGGACAUUUAUUUCCUAACUCCAUGGAAAAACUAAAAAUAGGGCUGGUGGUGUUAAUAAACUGCUGCAGAGGAAUGCUCAUAGCUUGACAGCUAAUACAAUUCCAUUACUUAGAAUAUUUACUGAUCUGAGGGGCAUUUAUUAGAGUCUUCUCGUGGGAAAAAAAGAACAUUACUACUUAGAGCUCAGAUCUGUAAGCCUUAACACAUCCAAACUGUAUUUUCUUUAAAAAAAAAAAGCCUAUACUAAUGGUGGGUGUGCUGCUAGAUGUGAAUAAAAUGGUUCUAACAGUCCAGUCCAAAUUUCAGCAGUCACAGAAGCUGGAAACAUUAAACUGGAACAGGUUAUUAGACUUGAAUACUGAAUGAGGAAGAGAGAAUCUGGGAGUGAAAUCUUAGUACUGCAAAAGCCUGCAAGAGCUUUUCCCUUUGAUUUCAUUGGCACACAGACUUCUACCCAACGUUUCUAGAUGUGCCUCAGGAGCUGAUGGCAUUCAGAGAGCAACUGCAAACCUCUUUGCAGUACGAUACCAGAUAGAUUCUGCAGAGAGCAGUAUCUUACUGUCAUCCACAGUGGUACAAAUGUCUAUCUUAUCCAAAACCACUCAUGUCAGCAGCUACAGAGUGCUACGGAUAUACGAUGGAUUCUUCUAUCUUAAUAAAAAAGACAUGUCAAUAACACAAGUCACUCUUGUGAAUACUAGGAUUUCAAAUGCUAUAAUAUCCAUGCAUUUAUCUGAUUAUACUGUAUGUAUUCCAGAUGCUUUAGCAUAUAAAUACUGUGCUUGCAUUAUACACAGCAGCAAUUAACUAUGAGCUUGUAGAACAAGAAAGCUGCAAAUAAAGCCACCUUCUAAUUGCUUUGC